CCACUCUGGUUUCCUGCCUCUAUACCUCUGCGCCAGUGCCUUAGGAACACUUUCUGCAGAGCAGGUUCAGCACCUGUUUGGAAUAGUGGGAUCUUUGUCAUCUGCAGCUCUCUUCCUGGGGUGGAGGAUUGGGGCUGCUGUCUGCAGUGGGCUAACUGCCCCUCUCCCCUUCCUCUGUUGCAUAGAGCCCUUCUUACACACACACACACACACACAAUCUCUUCCUUGCUGUGCUCCACCCACAACCAAUCUUGCCCAACAGGGAAGGGGUAGGCUGUUCCACCCACACCCCUCCCUCUAAGGUGUGGGCGUGGGCCGGGCUCCUGGCAGCUAGAGGCCCCAGAGAAACCCUCAGAUCCCAGGCCUCCUGCUGAGGGCACUGCCAUCCUGGCAGGCACUUGCUGACCCCUCUACUCAGCACCACCCUCUGAUGCCCUGCAAUGCCCACACUCAAUACUUCUGCCCCUUUGCCCACGUUCUUCUGGGUCAACACCUCUGAAGGCAGUGUGCUGAGUGCUGAUGAUGCUGCGAUGCCUAUCAAGUUCCUCACCCUGAGGGUCAUGGUUGCUUUGGCCUAUGGGCUUGUGGGGACCAUUGGCUUGGUGGGAAAUUUGGCUGUGCUGUGGGUCCUGGGUAACUGUGUUCGGCGAGCUCCUGGCACACCUUCUGACACCUUCGUCUUCAACCUGGCACUGGCAGACCUGGGGCUGGCCCUCACUCUCCCCUUCUGGGCAACUGAGUCAGCACUGGACUUCCACUGGCCCUUUGGAAGUGCUCUCUGCAAGACAGUCCUGACAGCCACUGUCCUCAACGUCUACGCCAGCAUCUUCCUCAUCACAGCACUGAGCGUUGCUCGAUACUGGGUGGUGGCCAUGGCUGCAGGGCCAGGCAGUCAUCUCUCACUCUUCUGGGCCCGUGUGGCCACCCUGGCAGUGUGGGUAGCAGCUGCCCUGGCAACAGUGCCCACAGCUAUCUUUGGGGCUGAGGGUGAAGUGUGGGGGGUGCGCCUCUGCCUGCUGCGCUUCCCCAGCAGGUAUUGGCUGGGGGCCUACCAGCUGCAGAGGGUGGUCUUGGCCUUCAUGGUGCCCUUGGGCAUCAUCACCACCAGCUACCUGCUGCUGCUGGCUUUCCUGCGGCGGAGGCAACGACGACGGCAAGACAGCAGAGUUGUGGCCCGCUCUGUCCGUAUCCUGGUGGCCUCCUUCUUCCUCUGCUGGUUCCCCAACCACGUGGUCACUCUCUGGGGUAUCCUGGUGAAGUUUGACCUUGUACCCUGGGACAGCACCUUCUACACCAUCCAUACCUACGUCUUCCCUGUCACCACAUGCCUGGCACAUAGUAACAGCUGCCUCAACCCUGUGCUCUACUGUCUUCUGCGGCAGGAGUCCCGGCAGGCUCUGGUAGACACUUUCAGGGAUCUGCGAUCAAGGCUGUGGCCCCAGGGCCAGGGCUGGGUGGAACAAAUGGCCCUAAAGCAGGUAGGCAGGCGGAGGGUUGUGAGCACCCCCCACGAAAGUGGCCCUUCUACCAUGCUCAUGAACCUGGGUGAAGGGACCCCUGGGUGAAGGGUGCAAGCUAAAACGCUCUCCUUCUGGGAUCUGCCAGGUGCAGGACGCACAUACCCUAUGGAGAGGCUGUCCUCUCUGCCAGGCUGCAGCGUCCUCAGGAAAAGCCUGAUCUUUGGCCACCAACUCUGGGUGUGGUGGAACGGGGGAGGCCAGGGCCCCAGUCAGGGUUGGGCAUGACAAAGCUUUAGUCUCUAUCUGGACAUGGGAAAGAAGAGGAACUGAGAAUAAACCUCUGGAUUAUCCACAAAAUGUCUUGACCUCUUAUUCAGCUCUACCUCCAGUUCAGUGCGGGAUGUUUUUUGCCACAUUUCUGCCUUCUGUAAGGAUUCCCAGGAACUUUUCCUUAGGGGUCUAGGCUAAUGAAUCAGAAGUUAGUGCCCAUCUCACUGUCUACCCUUUCUAUCCUUCCCUUUUUCUUCUCUGAUAUCAAGGCCAAAAACACCCUAUUCCUGUGGUCAUACUGCUCUUCUUACCAUACCAAAGUACCCACAGAAAUAUGAUGCCAGCAGAGGCCUCAGCCUCAAAACCUGUGGUUCCCCUGUAGGGAGAACUGGCACCUGCUAGACUGGGUAUAAAACUCUGAUGCAGAUUGGGAAUACCUGCAUCUCUCCUUAAAUUAGAACACGACAAGAGAUAAUAAAAGCAUGGGUGGGGUGAAGGGAGGUGGGAUAAUGAAAAGGGUGGUGAAGACAGGCCCAGGAGAGCUAGUCUUUCCCUUUCUCCACCAGACACAUAGCUCUAUCAACUCAUGUCAGAACACAUAGAUUUGUACCUUUACCUUGGGCAAAUUACUUCACCUCCCUGUAAAUUACCUGUUUUCUAAUGUGUAAAAUGGGCUGUUUGAGAAUUCAACAGUGCCUGAAAUAGAGUAUUAUUUUCAAAUCUCAUGUAAAAUGAAGAAGCAAGGAGGCAGCUGAGA